GCUCGGCCGACGUCCUUCACGGUCCUAGGGCUUCAUCCAAGUUUUGUUUCUUUACUAUCCUAUCUUACUGUAUCCUUCAAGCUGCAAUCGAAGGCUCGCAAAAUGGUCUACAACGAGGAAACCAACCCUCAGUCUUGAAUAGUCCGCGAAAUUUCGCCAACCCGCCGUCAGCAACAGUACCGAUAUGGAUAAACUUGUGGUUUCUAUUUUCUACCAUGCUUUUGAUUUGUUGCUACGACUUCCACUCACCUUUUCCUGCCCUUAAUCUGCCAAAUCGCGAUUUCAACUGCAAUUAUCUAUCCAAAGGUUGGUAUCUGGGAUUUAUGGGUGAUGAGAGCCGGGACUGGGGAAAUGCUUUUUGAGGAGAUCGUCCUCCAGAAAUUGGAGAUUGUUCUCUCCAAAUUACCGAUCGAUAUUCCCUCCAACCAUUGGUUUUCCGAUCCCAUUCAUCAAGUAUUUCCUCAUGCUACAGAGGUAGCGUUAAACACUGCCUAUCUGUUCCUUACGCUUGCCGGCUGGACUCCGGCGUUGCUUUUCGCUCUUUCCUCCGUGGUGCUUACCUUGGGGCAGACUAUAUCGCUCUGUAUCCAAGCCCACUUUUAUCCUAAUUUUUUAUCCAAAGCAAUCCACUUGUCAACCGUAUCCUGGAGCUUAGUUUUAAUAUUCCGGGUGUUGAUUCCCUCACUAGUCAUGUUUGUAAUCUGUAGGGAGCUUUGCCGUCGUCUGGUGGAAGUUCGACAACUUUUGGGGUAAUUUUGAGACCUAGGGCGGAGGACAUCGCCCACUAAAAGGAUCAUUUGCAAAUGAU